UUAUAAAAUUUGUCACAGAUAUUCGAAAUCACCUGCACGAUUUCUUGUUUAUGUGUCGGCGCUAAUAAUAUAGUCGGUGCACUUUUUAAUGUGCACAUUAAGAUUGUUUGAGGGAAAACGAAAAGUAAUUUUAACCAGGAAGACAUAAAGGCGUGAACACUGUGGAAAACUUGAGAUCGCCCCUGCCGGACACAUGCAAGAUUUCCUCAUCACAAUCAUCAAGGGAUUUGCCGUCUCUGCAGUCAGUUUGCGACGCUACAAAACCGAAAAGGAGGACAUCCACCAUUUAAUAUCGAGACUCCCCAGCCAUCAAAAAAGACAAGGACAGAGUGAAAUGAAUCGUCGCCGGAAGAGCGUGGCCAUGAGCCGGCACAACAAGGUUUACCCUCAGGGCGGGUCAAAGGUCGUCAGUUCAGACGCCGAGCUCGACCUGGAGAUGCAGAAGUUCCUGUCACGUGGUAUAGACCUGGACGACAUCGAUGACGAGGAACAGCAGUGGGAGGCACUGAUGACGCUCAAGUCCGUCUGUCGACCAAUGAACGUCAAGAAACAACUCAGAGAUAAAAUAUUUUCUGAGACUGUGAAAAAAACUGGUGGAUGUCGCGCGUACAAGUACUACAUGAGACUGUCAUGGAGACGAUUCAAACUGUCCUGUUCGGAGAUGAAGUCUCGACUGGAAAUGUGGGGCAGUUCAUUACACUGGAUAGAGGGUCACCACGGUUCUGGCGUGCUGUCCUACUUCGUCUUCCUGCGCUGGAUGUUCGGCCUCAACAUGCUGCUGUUCGUCCUGCUCACGGGGUUCCUCGUUGUCCCCAGGGCCCUGCUGCCCACCGUCGACUACAGCGUCUCUAGCACCGACAGCGCUGUCCAGCUCGCGUACACCUGCUCGGCCGCCUACACCAUCAACAUGACGUCGUCUGCUAAAGAUCUAGUGCUCGGGUUCUUCCAGGGAACGGGUUGGAUGGAGCAGACGUACAUGUUUUACGGCUACUACGCCGGGAUUCGACUGCUGGACGGCACGGGGACGUCCUACAACUACGAUUACAACCUGCCGCUGGCCUACGUCGUCGGAUCAGUCGCCUGUCUGCUCGUCUGUCUCAUCGUGAUGGCCAAAUACACGGGUAAGAGUUUUCGAGAGGCGAUCGUGCUCGACCCGGAGUCCAGUUUCCAAUACUGUAACAUGGUGUUCGCUAGCUGGGAUUACGCCAUCACUGACUCCAAGUACGCCAGGAUAGCGCACAAGAGCAUUUACUACGACAUAGUGAGCGACAUCCGCGAGGACAACUUCAGCCAGCAGCGCGCCGAGACCUUGGCCGACCCGUGUGAGAAGUGCAAGCUGUACUUCGUCCGAAUACUCAUCAACUUCUUUGUGCUCGCCUGUCUCGGCGCCGCCGCCUACGCCAUCUUCUACGUCACACAGUGGUCUAGCGUGUACCUAAACAGCAACAGCGGCGCGACGGGCGACAUGGCCUACGUGGUGCUCCUGGUCGAGUACCUGCCCUCCAUCGUGCUGACCGCUCUGAACGCCGCCGUGCCCGUCAUCUUCGACAUCAUCGUCCUCGCAGAGCAGUACACACAGGCGUUCGUCAUCAAGCUCACACUCGUCAGGACAGUAUUUCUCAAACUGGCUUCCAUUGCUGUGUUGGUCGCAACCCUUUAUUCACAAAUAACAUGCAGCACGAAAGAUGCCUGCGGUGUUGGAACAGGAUCCUGCACAAAAAUAGAGUGCUGGGAGACCCAUGUGGGACAGCAGUUCUACAAACUGGUGAUUAUGAAUUUCUUCGUCACGGUCCUGAAAGUAUUCUAUUACGAGAUUCCCAGACGAUUGGCCACAACAAAGAUCAGCUGUAAAUUGCUGGUAACGAUUGGACCAUGUCAGUUUAACAUAGCCCAGAAUGUGCUAGACCUCGUCUACACCCAGUCCUUGGUCUGGUUGGGUUUUUUCUUUGCCCCGAUGAUUGCAGUUCUGUCGGUGAUUCACCUGUUCCUUGUCUUCUACUCUAAAAUGUUGUCUGCUCUGUAUGCCUGUGACCCGACCGACCGUCCGUACAGAGCGUCCAGAUCCAACACAUUCUUCAUGGUAGUUCUACUCGUCACCUUCUUCCUGUGUGCUUUCCCUGUGGGCUACACCAUCGCAGUAUUAGCUCCUUCCAAAUCAUGCGGUCCAUUUAGAACGGAUGACAACAUGUUCACUGUGAUCAACACAGCUAUUUUGGCGUGGCCAUCGUGGCUAAACACCAUCUACACCGUCGCCACAUCGUCGGCCAUCGCAGGGUCAAUAGUGGUGUUGUUAUGUCUGAUGGUUUACUACUGCUCGGCGCUCUCGUCUGCUCACAAGUCGAACUCUUUCCACCUGAAGGAACAGCUGGCUAUGGAGAGUAAAGACAAACAGUUCCUGCUGGCGCGAAUAGCCGAGCUGUCUGGAGGAUCGGUCAAGAAGACGAACACUCCCGCGAAGACAUUAAACAAACCGUCCAUGAUCAGCACACCUGCGAUGAGCAACGGCGUCAAAGGCACCGAAGAGACCUCGUUUAGCAUAGAGAGCGAGGACCUGACCAGUCGGUCUGGCAGACAGAAGUCAGGUCCUGCAGUAGGACCAGUAGACAGUACGAACAGUUCUGCACCAGUUAAAGCUCCCUUUGAGGUCGACUGGUGAUCACAGACGAACACACAGUUCGUAGUUGUCGGAAGAUCCCAGCAAUUAUGUUAAUUCAUCUUUCAAUGGGAGUGUCAAGGAAAGGGAGAGGGAGGGGGUGCAUCAUAAUUGUUAAGAAUUGGUGGAGUUAUUGUAUCACUUCUGCCCCCCACUCUCCACCUACUUCUUAUGUUUGUGCAGUUAAAUGCAAUGUACACCAGAGGCCUGUGCCCCCUCCCCCCUUCUUGAGGACGAAAAUGUAUGGGUGUUUUUUUCAUAUAUAAAUAAUGAUUAAAAUAUGGCUUGUGUCCCCCCCCCCCCUACCCCCACCCCACUCCAGACAGUGUCCCUGGGGGGGCCUACUAGCUGUGAGGCAGUAUAAAAUAUUUUCCAUUAUUACAAAAAGCACAGAUCUAAACCUGCAAUGUCUUAUUAUGCAUUUAGUUUAUUACGGGUUUAUUAUCAUUAUUAUUAAAAUAUUCACAGCUGGCUGUACUUACGCAUUUUUAAUUUAACAGCAUACAGACUACUGAAGAUUUUUUCCUUUAAAGGUGACUACAUGUAUUUUGGUUUGAAUAUAAGGGUUACUUGUUUAUAAAAGUCUGCUUCUGUGAGUUCCUUUUAUAUGGUGUAUAUGCAGGCUUGACAAUAUCCAAACCAAGCCGAACUAAACAGUAGGCUAACUGACAUGCAGAUGUCAAAGUUCCACAAGCAUACAUGUGCUGUUGGUAAAUAUAGAUCCUGCAAUUGCAUGAUGAUGACUGCAUACAUAUGUAGAUUACGUACCAUAAACACAUUCCUGUUUAUAUAGCAGUUGGCAUAGUCAUGAACAGAGAAGAAAAACAUAAUCUCAAUCACACUGUAUUGUUGGUGGAAAAUACUACUAAUAAUAAUAACCAAAGAACACAAAGAACUGUGAUAUUGCAUGUACCGCGAUGGUAAAAAUUGUCAUAUACAAUGUCUGUGAUUUUGCCUUUUAAGGUUUACUGAAGUGUAGAGUAUUUUUCAAUGUUGUUGCUGCACUCAAAGUGUAUUUCUACCGGUAUGUUAUAUUUAGACUGAGUGUAAAAUUGUAGUAUACAAUGUCUGUGAUUUUGCCUUAAUGUUGGUUGAAGCGUAAAUUAUUUUUCAGUGUUGCUGAAGUGAAGUCAAGUAUGUAGUGGAGUGAACUUCAAUUUAUCCAUUUAGUUGUGCUGGUUAUCUACAAUGAACUUUCAUAGGUGUAUUGUAAAAUGGCUCACUGACGUAGGAAGCGGAGGGUGGAUGUGCAAAAGGGGGCAUGUGUCCACCUUUCUUGAUACAGUAGCAGCAGCGAUGGUUUAUAUAUAUAUAUAUAUAUAUAUAUAUAUAUAUAUAUAUAUAUAUAUAUAUAUAUGUGUGUGUGUGUGUGUGUGUGUGUGUGUGUGUGUGUGUGUGUGUGUGUGCGCACCUUCCUACGUCACUGUGUCCCAUGAAAUACACAGUAAAUUCACCAUAAACGAAAACCAAAACCGAACUACACAUCUAGCAACAAAUUAACUUUUUAAACUUGCACUCAAAAUGUGGGGGAUCAUUUGAAAAUGAAACCAUUGCCUUCGUAACUGCUACUUAAUUCAUAUUAAUUUUGUCAAGUAUUAUUAUUUCUAACCUACAGUUGUUACAUAAUUAAAUCAUAAUUAGUUAUAUCUGGUACAAGUUUCUAAACAUUUAAAUAAAUCUUGAAGAUGAAACAAGAGGAAACCUGUAAAUGGCUCUACAAUCAACCACAAAAAAGGAAGAGGUUAAUAAUACAAAAUUAUAUAAUUUAUUUUAACCAAUACAUGUAACUGUACAUGUAUAUGAAGGGUCCACGGGAAUAACCUGUGAUGUCACAUUUAUAGUAAGACGAUAUUUUAUUUUAUUUUAACAUUUACAACCCUGCAAUCGUGGAAUAUUUAAACUUAAAAAAGCAUAAUUUACCAACUAUUUUUAAUCACCUAACCCAUAAUUAUAGGUUUUUAAUUUAGUGUCAUUGUAACCUUGACAUACACAGCCUUUACAAUACUGACUUAUCUGUUUUGGACAUCAUAGGUUAUUCCCGUGUACCCCUUCAUACAUGUAUGUACUCGUGGGAAAACGUUCCUGUCCAUGUAUUACACAAGGUAUAUGUUUAGUGGUAUUGAAGGGGGAAUCGAAUAAUUUUCAAAAAUAUAUUUUUUGGUCAUUUGUAAACAUUAUGAGACGGUUUACACAAUUAUGUUGAUGCCAUCAUCUUUGUCAAAUUUCAACCAUUUACAAACUUUGCAGUGUGUUAGGGGACCAUUUUUACUGGUGCACAGGAACAUUUUUUCGCAAGUACAAUGUACUACAUAUGUAUAUUUAUAUCAUUUAGCAAAGUGGCACUGUGUUGACAUUAUUUUUCUAUUGUUUUUGUCACAUAUGUAUCGUUUAUAUUGUACAUCAUACUUAAUAUUAAAAUGACAGAAUGAACUUUGACUGCUGAAUAUUAUCUAUUUGUAUACUUUAUGUUGUUAGUUUAUAUGUGUAUGUCGUUUUAUGAGGUACAAGGGGUUGUUAUUUUAUUUCCAAUAUACAGUUAAUGUUUUUGUGAUAUGCUGUUUCUGUCUCAAUACUAACAGAACGACUUCUAUUCCGUCCAUAGGAGUAGCAACAUAGGAUAUUGUUGUGACAUCGUAACAUGUGUAAAUAUAUUUUAAAGCUGAAAUCAUACAUGAGUGAUAUUUAAAUUUGAAAAUUGUAUUAUUUUUUGUGAUAUUUUUGUAUAAUUUUUAUGUGAUACAUGUAUUUUGAAAUGUGAAACUGUAUUGUUAUGUGAUAUUUUAUUAUGUAAAAAUUGUGUAAUUUGUAUCGCUUAUUUUAUCAUGUGAUGUGUUAACAUGAUAUACACCUUAGUCCAGUUAAAAAUAGAAACAUGAUAAGACUAUAACGAGUGAGAAUUAACACAAACACUCCCCAAACUAAAUAAGACAAAUAAAUAAUAUAACUCUG